AAUAGAUCGUGCUUAUGUUUGUGUCAUUGUGCAGAUCCUUAGAACAUUAUUUUUGGACAGGCGGUUGAGUUGCUUACUGGAACAAGACUUGCCCAGUUCCUCCGAGCUUGGAGUCAUUAAUACCUAAUGAGAGAACUGAGACAACCAUGAAUCUGGUUUGCUCAAGUAUGUUCAUUGCGGCCCGCAGCAUGGUUCUUAAACUAGGGAGUUGUAGCGGGCGUAGCUAGUCAGGGUCAGCCAUGCCCCUGCAGUUGGAUGACCCUGUGCCGGACCAAAGUGGAAAGCAGCUUGAGGCAAUCCAUGCGGUGCAAGAUGAAAUCGACAGUUUCAUGCACCGGAUCAAGGAAAGGCUUUUCUGGUUGGAGAACCUGGUCCAAAACCAGGUAGACGACCAACUACGGCUACGGGGAGGGAGUCCUCUCGGAGAGAGACUAGUUUCACCCAGAGAUAGCAACAGCGAAGCUUCAAAUCUCACAGGUAACAGGAGAGAGCGUUCAGGGACUGUGGAUGACAUGAGGCAGCUACAGGAACCACAGGCCCUCACAGAGCACAGAGAAAAAAAGUGGGAAAGCACUUCAGGCUGGUACUGGCCUUUGGGCACGAUCAGUUCGCUUACCCAGACUACAAACUUUCUUGGUACAGGGAAGGAACUACGUUUGCAUAACCGGUGGAUGCAACUUUCGAUGCAGGCGGAGGAUUUGCUAGCAUUGUCAAAUUACCGCCGAAAUGGCUCGUCAACACUACGCUAUUCGCCUCACAAGCAUUCUGGCCUCUCAGCAGAGUUUGAAGGAGGCAGACAGGUGAUUUUUCACCCCUUGGGCAAGUUCAGAGUAGUGUGGGACCUUUGUGGCCUUUGCUUGCUGCUUGCAGAUAGCAUUCUGUUGCCCUUGUCGCUCGCAUGGGGUUGGCAGCAGGGAACAAAGAACACGGGCGAAAUUUUCUUGCUCACCGUGUUUCUGCUCUCCCUGGCCUUUUGGAGCCUAGACAUUGUGACGAAUCUCAACACUGCAUUCUACCUGCGUGGGCACUUGGUGCUCUCUCGGUGGUUGAUUGUCCGGCACUACCUUCAAACUUGGUUCAUAAUCGAUGCCGCCGUCGUGAGCCUGGACUAUGUUACGCUAGUCAACUUCAUUCAGGAAGCGGAGGAGAGUAGUUUUGGCAUAGUGCGCUUCAUCCGGGCUGCUCGGGCCUUUCGGCUCGUUCGGCUAUUGAAGAUGGCUCGCUUUGAUGACCUAAUGCAAGAGAUUGCUGCCUCAACAGGAAGACAGUGGAUUAUGCUAGUGGUGGCCAUUAUCAACUCUACCGUUGCAAUCUUGCUAGUUGCCCACGUAAUGACAUGCUUCUGGUUCGGCCUGGGCCGCUCUUUGCUAAUGGACCAGAAGAACAAUUGGCUUACAUUUACGGAAAUUGAUGGUUCAACACCCUGGAUCCAGUAUUUACACUCAUUUCGUUAUGUGAUGGAUGCGCCGUCACCACCAAUGAUUGACGUAGACAGCAGAGAUGAGCGCUUCUUUGACAUUCUCAUCACAAUUUUCUGCUUUGUGGUGAUUGGCACAGGCAUUUCGAAGAUUUCAGGAACCAUGGUAGAGCUACGAAGCAUGAACGAAGCCAAGACCAAGCAACGCUGUGAGAUCCGCCAAUACCUUCACAGCCAAGAUGCCUCCUUAGAAUUGGUCUCAAGAGUAAUGAAAUUCGUGGACUACAAAUUGGACAAGAUGAUGCCCACCACCUUUGAUAGCACCUUGAUUUCCCACACCUUGCAAACAGAGCUCUCAGUCAACCAGAGAUCAGCAUAUAUAGAGCAAGUGCCAAUAUUUUCUUUGACCCUAUCGCUCUAUCCUGACGUGUUCUCAAGUGUUUGCGUGGUUCUGAAGAAGGUGGUUUGCGAGAACCAAGAGGAGGUCUUUGUAGCUGGUGCUUUGUCGACUUGUAUGUACAUAACUGCCACGGGUGAGUACACGCUUGUAGAGGGGUACGACUUGUCCAUUGAACCGAAGUAUCUAAAAGGUGUGAACAGGCUGGAGGAACUCGCUUUGUACGUUGAUGCCUUGGCUCACCAAUCAUCUUUGAUUGCUACAACUUUUGCUGAGAUGUUCACCCUGGAUGGUGACAACUUGGUGAACUGCCUUCAGAAUUCUCCCAGCUGCGCUGCGAUGUUCUUCGAGUAUGCCAAAGAGUUCACUUCAGCCGUGAAGAGGGCAGGCGGCAGACCGGAUUUCCAUGAGCAAGCUGUGCUCGCCGAGCGUGCCUGCAAGAAAACCCAAAUCUACCAAGAUUUAUACCCAGAGCAGGACACGCGUUUGGACAAAAUUGAUCUCAGUCACAUCAAUGCUGCAAACGUGGAGUCCCCGGAGGCAUUCCCAUUCCGGACGAAUACGGCGAGCCGGUCCUUCUUCGGUGAUCAUGAGCUGCAAGUGAUUGACGAAGUUGCAGACGAGGCCAAGCAUGAGAUCAGUAGCGAGUGUCACAAUAUACAGUGGAUGAUUGAGGAAGGUUGGAAACAAGACUUGCAUAUCAAUUCGUUGCCAUCGCAGCUGCAAAACUGCCUUCCAGAGUUACAUCCUACUGAUGGCCCACACGCUAUUUUUGAGCAGCCAGUUGAGCGGGAUCGUGCAGAGUCAUCAUGCAUGUGCACCCUUGCAUUGAUCCACAACCGCUACGACAUUUUCACCAUGCCACAACCGCCUGCAGCGAAGCUGUUGGAGAAGCAAUGGCAGAUACUUCAGCAUAUAGUCAAGUGGCUCCAGCCAACGAAUGAGAAGAUCCAUGCAGUUCUAGUUCUCUUGGCCAUCCGCUCCCUGGGCAAAUCAAAAGCUGUGUCUAGUCAGAUAGCUUUGAGUGAGCGGAGCCCGGAACAUGUGGUGCUUGCUUUGAUCGAUGAGUACCAAAAUGUUGUUCCCUCAGUCAAAGGGCUGAGCGAUGUGGGCAUAACUUACGCAAAGGGCGCCUUGAGGUUGCAUUCAAUGUUCAAUUUGGCACAGAUGUUGCAGGGUGAAAAUGUACCCGCCAAUGUUUGCCAGCUACAAGAAAGCAUCAAAAGGGAUGGAGUGGAGGCCUUGCGCUUCUACAUACUGUUCUUGCUGGGCUUUAUGAGCGGCUUGAAUGCUGGGCGUGGAUCAAAGUUCCUCACAGCAAAACGAGCGGAAAGCUUCAUCGAGGGAGUCCGGGUCCUGAAGUACUUGCUUGAUGCAGCCCCCUGCGGAAUAUACUGGGGCUUCUUGACAGCUCGUGCCCACAGCCUCGGUGUUCCUUGCCAGACUGCUGAGGAGCUGGUGCUAAUUCGACUUGCUUGUCUUGCGCGAGUGGAGGAUCGCAGCGCAUACCGGCAGCUAGAGGAAUGCUGGGCUUCCUUGGGAUCAGGGGAGAGAUCAACGCUCUUGCACCACUUCUUAGCAGAUGGGAUCGAGGACACUGCCUUCGUCUUUGAAUUCUUACCCGACUGUGUGGCCAAUGCAGUGCGCAAUCCAAACAUUGGCUUGACAUGUCUUUUGGAAAUACUAGUUUGCCUCUUGAACAUGCUUCAGCCAGCGGCACCUGGCAUGCUUGCAAAUAUGGAAAACUGCAAGGUCAUUUUUGUGAAUCUUGCCGACAUGAGCGAGUUCAUUGCUUGUGUGCGAAACCGCUUCGUGUUUGAGACGUGCGUCUCACGCUGCAAAGUACGAUUUACAGGGGGCAGAGUACUUUUGGAGAUGACAGGUAGCAAUUGGGCGCGAGUGAAUGAGCCAAACUCGGAUAUCACAAGCCUCGCCUACAGCGUGAAGGAUGUGUUGCAGAAGCAACGUACAUUGGAAACUCAGCUUUUGCAAAGAAUGGGAGGACCGCUACAGCAACGGGUUAUUGAAACCUGGGGAGUCUAAAUCAAAGAGGUGGUGGAACUGCGCAAUGCACGCAUUCCACUGUGUAUGUCACAGGCCAUGAUUUGGCCUUGCGAAAAAUGUCAAUCCUGCUGCUUUCAUGUGGCUAAAUGUGCAUUCUUUUCCAAAAAAGCUGCUGGCUGCAGACUGGAAACUCAAUUCUGCAAAGCUGGCACUUUGCACCACAGCCUUGGCAUUGCAUCACUUCGUUUCAGGUACUGUACAUGUGAUAUUUUCUCCAAGUGGUGUCCAACGUAUAUAUAUAUAUAUAAUUAUACAUACAUAUUAAUAUGUAC